AGCAAACCUACAACGGCAUUUUUACUGCUGUGUCCAUUAAAACUGAUAAACUACCGUUUUAAAAACGGUAAAUUCAAGAUCUUGACUUGGCAGAGUAAACCGUGGGUCUAUUUUUGAAUCAGACAUUCUAACCGGACAAGAACUCUUCAGUCAUACAGUGAACACCUCACUUUCUCAAAGGUAUGAGCUCUAACCCCUUCAUUUACAGAAUUUAUGGUUUUAUCAGUGUCUUACCUCUUAAAAGAUGAAAAUUUCAAGGCUUAAAAAAACGACCUCGUUGACCAUAACUUAGACGUAGCAACGCCGCUAGCUAACCUGACGAGUGCUCGCUAACGUUGGAGCUCGUGCCGAAACGGUCAGAUCUGCAGCCGCAACUCUAUUAAUCGCUAACGGUAAUUAUCAGUAGUUCACCGCUUUACUGUAUGUAUGUAACUGUUAACAUAUAAACCACGUUAAAAAUUACUUUGCGUCGAAGCUAUUCUACGGUAGCGAAACAAGGCUAACAAGUCGACAUGAGUUUUGACCUAAUGUAUGACUGGAGACAGUCCGUUUUAAGGUUAUAUCCUUACUGGAGUAACUAAAUUGCCUUUUUCAACCGUUAAAUUCAUUGUUUAAUUUGUCCUAGAUAUUACACCGGCCAUAACAUUAGGAACACCUGGACAAUGAAAUAAUUCAAUACAACAGCAGCAACAUUUACUAGAAAUUCUACUUUCAGGAAGCUUCUGAAUUGUGUUUUGAUGGCAUGAUCAGAAAGGAGAUUUUUUACACUUUAUUUCAAGAGACCUAGUGUAUGGUGCCAUGGAUGCCAUGGUGUUCAUGAUGUUAUGAUUGGUCUGUGACUGUAGAAAUGCAUUAUCUGAAUAACUGGCACAAAAUACUGAAGUUUUGCACAUCUCAUUUUCUUCCAAGCAGCCUGAGGUGAUGUGGAUACACUCUUUCACUGCUGUUCCUGUCUUUUAUUAAGUUAAAUGUGUAUCACUAUUUUCUUUAUCACUUCCACAGAUGAGCAGAAGGCAAACAGCUGAUAAUAGACACCCUGCGCUCAGUCAAAAAACACCUGAUGCUCUUGGAAAGACUUAACCUACAAUUAACAUUAACCUGGCAACAUUCGAUCUGAACCAGAGCAGCGCUGUGUGUCUGCCCAUGUUCUCUGAUGGUGAGAGGCUUAAAUGGGUACUCUUGAACCAGGCUGAUCUACCACUGGCAAGCGCUAAAGCUCUCGGUGAGGCCUUCAACAGAUUCCCAUACUUGACACAGAAAGAGACAAAUGCACUGGCGUGCUGCUGCUCGCUUCACCCUGACCAGGUGAGGGUGUGGUUCAUUGUUCAGAGGCUCUGCCAUGGCAUCAUCUGGGAUUACACAGACAUAAUGGCUGUUCAAAGCAAGCUCAAGUCAAAACAGGGGAAAGAGGAGCCUCAACAAGGGGUGAAGAAAGAGAUGAAAGCUGAUAGCAGGGUGGAAAAAGCCUGAAGCCUGCAGGUCGGCAGAUGGUCGAUAUCACAUUGGUGUAGUUUUGUGCAUUUGAUAUAAAAAACAGUUUAACAGUACCGACACUUCAGUUGAGACACAAAUUGUUAAACUCCAUUAGAGUCUUUCUGUUAAGCAAUAGUGAUUUCAGAAUAUCCAAAAACUACUGGAUUAAUGAAAGCAGAGUUCCAGAUCAAAUAAGUAUGUUCUUUCAGUGGUUUUUAAUCACCUACAUAAGUUUGAACUACAUAGUUCACACAGUGUAAUUCAUAUGUAUGUUUUUCAAAUAUAUUGCACAUUAAUUCAAAAAGUGCAUUUCUGGUUAUGACACUCUUUCUCCAACAUUGUGUGCUACCUCGGCAUGAAAGAUUUUGUUGUUUUUAUGCCAGUUACAUUCUUAAAUAAAGUCAUAGCUCAAGAG